UAUUAAAAAUAAAGUGACAUGAUUUUUGUGAAGAGACGGAGAGCGAACGGUCGUGUGCUGCCUGCCCGCUGGAGCUUUGGUCUCGGCACGGACCCACAGUAGGAGCGGCGGUCUCUUUUUUCUGCUUCCUCCCGUGAGAAUUUUUUGAUCUUCAGCUACAUUUCAGCUGUGAGAAGCCUUAACCAACAGAGGAGAUGGCUAGCAACGUCACCAACAAGACAGAUCCUCGGUCCAUGAAUUCCCGCGUAUUCAUUGGGAAUCUCAAUACUCUUGUGGUCAAGAAGUCUGAUGUGGAGGCAAUCUUUUCAAAGUAUGGAAAAAUUGUAGGUUGCUCUGUGCAUAAGGGCUUUGCCUUCGUCCAAUAUGUUAACGAAAGAAAUGCCCGGGCAGCUGUAGCUGGAGAGGAUGGCAGAAUGAUUGCUGGCCAGGUUUUGGAUAUUAAUCUGGCUGCAGAGCCAAAAGUGAACCGAGGAAAAGCAGGUGUGAAACGAUCUGCAGCGGAGAUGUACGGUUCCUCAUUUGAUUUGGUAUAUGACUUUCAACGGGAUUAUUAUGACAGGAUGUACAGUUACCCAGCACGUGUUCCUCCUCCUCCUCCUCCUAUUGCUCGAGCGGUGGUGCCUUCUAAACGCCAACGUGUUUCUGGAAACACCUCUCGAAGGGGCAAAAGUGGAUUCAAUUCGAAGCGUGGACAACGGGGCUCUUCUUCCAAAUCUGGAAAAUUGAAAGGUGAUGACCUUCAGGCCAUUAAGAAGGAGCUGACUCAGAGAAAACAAAAAGUGGAUUCUCUGCUGGAAAGUCUGGAAAAAAUUGAAAAAGAACAAAGCAAACAAGCAGACUUGUCCUUCUCAUCCCCAGUAGAGAUGAAGAAGUCUGAGGAGGAGCAGAGCAGCGCCUCUGUGAAGGAGGAUGAGACGAACGUCAAGAUGGAGUCUGAGGCGGGUGCAGAUGACUCUGCCGAGGAGGGCGGCCUGCUGGAUGACGACGACAAGGACCGAGGGGAUGACCUGCUGGAGCUGAUCAAGGACGAUGAAAAGGAAGCUGAGGAAGGAGAGGACGACAGAGACAGCGCCAAUGGGGAGGAUGACUCCUAAGCACACAGCGGAGUUAGAGAUCCUACCCCGUUAUUCAUUUACCUAGGCGCUUGUGAGAGAUGGAAGUAACACCAGAUCCUCUCCCCUAGUAUUUUCAGCACAUUUCACUGUUCGUCCUCUCCCUCUCCUGUGUUCAUUGAUUCAUAUUUGCCUUGCGCCUAGUUCCAUUCUCACUUCCUUUGAUGAUGCUCCUUAGUAGUUUUGUUAAGUCUUACCCUGUAAGUUUUGCUUUUAAUUUUGAUAC